AUGAAAGCCUUGCAGGCAAUCUUCAUAUUGAUUUUCUCGGAGCUCAUUAGCACACAAAAACCAGAAGUGAUACCGGCAAAAUGGGAUGUGCUCUACGAGAAGGAAACAGAAAAGAACAUGUCGCUGACAAUUUUCCGUUUCAAUGUUGAGAAACAGUAUUCCGUCGCCCGAAUCAUCAUGAGUUGCAACGAGAGCACGGAGCACAACCCUCUCCUAGCAGUUUUCCGAGAAAAAGUGGCAAUUUUAAGUCUUCAAGUCCCAUUGAUAGUCGACAACUAUGAAUACAGCCAAGUUGCUCGAACACUCUGCCCAUUCACUGAGUACAAGGAAGGAGAGGCUUUCACGGUAGAGGUUACAAGCUCACGGCCGGUUCACUACAACUUCCGAGCCGAAUUGGUCCACAAUUUCUAUUUAUACAACGAUUCAAAGCGCCUCGUGACAGCAAGUGCUUCCGAACCCGUGUAUCUCCGAUAUGACAUUCCGAAUGGAGUCGAUUCAGUGGCGGUACAUGUACUCUCAAACACCACAACUUGUAUGACGGUGUCGGUACAGAAAAUCGGGUGCCCCGUCUUUGAUCUUCCUGACAACGUCAACUCCAUGGGGCUGCACCAGACGAUGACUACCUCGGCGACAAUUCCGGUUGAAAAGUCCCGAAUGUCAAGUUUUUACGUGAUUUUUGUGGUCAAUACCAACGAUGAUUUGUGCUCGGAGAUUCUGAGUAUUAAGCCGAACAGACCAACAAAGUUCCCACUUCGCUUGAAAUCCUUCAAUGUCACUAUCGAGUCUUCCAUGAAAAUUUUUGACUACAUCAUCCCAAUCGUCUUCUGGGCUUGUAUCCUUCUGCUGGUGACCCUUGUGGUAUUCGUCUACCACUACUUUGAUGGAAUAUGGGAACGGAGGUUUUUGUCCAGAGCAUAUACUCAUUUGGAAGAUAAUGCCCAAGACGAGAGACUCAGAGAUUUUUAUGAGUUCAAGCGGAUGUCUGAAGAUGAUGAUUUGAGAGACUACGAUAUUCUUACGGAUUGCAAGGAUAUGAUGGUUGUGAGAGCAAAAGUAUGUUGUUCUACUACUCUUACUGUCGCUGACCUUUCCAUGACACCAUACGAGACUAGAGAAAUGCAAUACGAUGUAUAUAAAAUUGCUCUCGCCAUCAUUGGAAUUUUCUACAACAUCACCGUUCUGCAAUUGAUCAUCAGCAAAGCUGGAAAUCUACGACAGUCUGGAGAUUUGGACGAGUGCACUUUCAAUUUCCAGUGUGCCCGACCACUUUGGUAUUUUGUAGCGUUCAAUAACGUUGUUAGCAAUUGUGGAUAUGUGUAUUUCGGAAGUCUGAUCAUUGUAAUGAAUUACUGCCGCGAAAGGAGUUUCAGACGGCUUUUCGCUGUGCAACCAACAUUAGCUGAGAGAUAUGGUCUCCCCCAACACAGUGGACUGAUGACUGCUAUCGGUCUUGCAGUGAUCAUGGAAGGGAUCUCAUCCGCCACCUAUCACGUGUGUCCGAACAAUAUCAAUUAUCAGUUUGAUACCGCUUUAAUGUAUGUCAUAGGAAUGUUGGGAAAACUGAAAAUCUGGUCACUGCGCCACCCUGAUAUGGUUGUCAGUGCCUAUCACGCAUUCGGAUUUCUUGGUAUUUUCUUAAUGGCUGCGAUUGCUGGAGUGUACGUCCACAACAUGAUCUUCUGGAUAAUGUUUUCUAUAAUAUACAUUGGAAGUAUGAUGCUGAUCAGUUUGGAGUUCUAUUUCAAAGGAAUUUGGACUCUGAACAUUCGAGAGCUCCGCAAUUCGAUUCGAAUGUCCUGGGCGACAUCAAGACAUUUAUCGUGUAUUGUUCCAGCUUACAAAGCACGCUUCUUUGUGAUUCUCCUACUGAACAUGGCUAAUACUGCAGUUGUGGUUUACGGUCUUGAUGCUCAUCCGAAGGACUUCCUGUCGUUUUUGCUCAUUCCUUUCAUUGGAAACCUGUUCAUUUACAUCAUCUACUAUAUUUUAAUGAAGAUGAUAUACCGAGAAAAGAUUCCAAAGCGAGCAGUGGCAUUACUGAUUGCAGCAGUUAUUUCAUGGACAUGUGCUGGAAUCCUGUUCAACCAAAGGGUUUCGGAUUGGAGUAAAAUGCCUGCAAUCUCUCGAGAGCUCAACAAACCCUGCAUUUUCCUCAACUUUUAUGACAACCACGACAUUUGGCAUCUCAGCUCAGCAUUCGCCAUUUUCUUCUCAUUCACCGCAAUCAACGUGAUUGACGACGAUCUGAUGUUUGUGAUGAGAAACACAAUUCGAGUCUUCUAA